UUGUUAUUCACCAGUUCCUUACUUAACCCUCCUCCAUCCAUUCUUCCCUUUCCCCCUCUCAUUUCCAUACCUUAUUCUCUACACUUCUUUUCCAUCACAUACCCAUGGCUGAGAAGGUGACCGUUAUGAAACUCAAGGUUGAUCUCCAGUGCCACAAAUGCUACAAGAAGGUCAAGAGAAUUCUCUGCAAAUUCCCUCAAAUUCGAGACCAGUUUUAUGACGAGAAGCAUGACAUCGUCACCAUAACUGUGGUAUGCUGUAACCCGGAGAAGCUGAGAGACAAGAUUUGCUGCAAAGGCUGUGGGACUAUCAAAAGCAUUGAAAUCGUCGAACCGCCCAAGCCCAAACCACCCGAGAAGCCUAAGCCUGAAAAACCCACCGAACCGGUGAAGCCAGAGAAGCCGCUGCCGCCUCUGCCGCCUCCAAGGCCGCCGCCGCCUCAUUGUCCGGUGCCGCCGCAUUGUCCGGUGCCACCGCAUUGUCCGCCGCCGCCGCCGCAUUGUCCGCCACCACCGCAUUGUCCGCCGCCGCCAAGGCCGGUUCCGAUCGGAGUAUGUUGUGUACCAUGCUAUGAAGGUCAGGGAGGUGGACCAUGCUUUCAUGGGCCAUGUUAUGUGGUUUGUUGUGGAAGACCUAUUUGCCACAGUUACGGUUGGUGCAGGCCCUGUUGCGAUGAAUAUUUCUGUGAAGAUAACGCCUCUGCCUGCUCAAUUAUGUGAUCGUCCUCUCCAUGAUCACCUUCUGUUUAUUCAUCGAUUCUGUCAUCUGUGUUGUGCCUCUCAUGCAUUCAAUCGUCAACCCAAGGAAUAAUAAUCUUCUUUA